AUGACGGGCUGUCUUCCGCCAUCUCCAGCCGCCACUCCCCCAAUCGAAUCCCUCCCCAUCAUCGACAUUUCACCAUACCUUGACCCGUCUUCUUCUCCUCGAUCACGCCAGGAGACCGCCUCGGCUAUCAACCGCGCCUGUAUUGAUUAUGGCUUCUUCUACCUCACUGGCCAUGAUAUUCCAACCUCCAAGCUUGACGAAGUCAUCUCCCUUGCCCGGCAAUUCUUCUUCUCCCCUUUGUCUGAGAAAAAUAAGAUUAAACGUUAUGAUGCCGGCGGCCCGGAGGGUGGCGACGGGGCGAGAGGAUAUCAGGGUAUGGGUGAGAAUAUUACAUUAGGGAGAAGGGACGUCCAGGAAGCUGUUGACCUAUACCGAGAGUGGGAUCAUAGCCCGAAAGAGGAAGGAAACGGUGGAAAAGGCACAUAUAAGACCCUUCAAGGACCUAACCUCUGGCCCGCACAGCCCCCGGAACUGAAGGAAGUGUAUCUCGACUACAUCGAUCAAUUAAUGAAAGUCGGGGAGGCCGUUGUUCGGGCAAUGGGCACGGCUCUCGAUCUCGGCGCACCCCAACCCAACGCCAACACGACUACCGAAGACGGAGACGUCUUCGUCCGCAACACUGAUCAUUCUUUCUGGGUUAUGCGCAUGAUCGGAUAUCCUCCUCUCCAAGCUCCAUACAACCCCGACUCCUCAGACGUCACUGAGUUCUCCUGCGGCGAACACACAGAUUACGGCUGCGUUACUCUGCUCCUCGCCGACCCCACCCCGGGCGCUUUGCAAGUCCUGCUCAAAGACAACAAGACAUGGCUAAACGCGGACCCCAUCCCGGGCCACUUUGUCGUCAACAUCGGCGACAUGAUCGAGCGCUGGACGAACGGGAUCUGGAAAUCCAACAAGCAUCGCGUGAUCCACCGAGGAGAGGGAUACCGUGUUUCUGUACCUUUCUUCUAUGAGCCGAAUUUCGAGGCCAUGGUGAAGCCGUUAGGGAAGUGUGUUGAGAGGAGCGGGGAGGCACCUGUGCAUGAGGGGAAUACUUAUGGAGAGCAUUUGCUGGGCAAGGUGUUUAAUAAUUUUUAUAAAUGA